GAACCAGGCCUGACAGAGAGUUUGAGGACCAGAAGUGGGACUCCACACUGUUGGAUGCUUUAAGAUGUUUGUGGGAAAGAAUGGGACAAAUAACAUCUGGAACCCUUCCUGGCUUUGAAUGCACGACCACAGAAUAUGGCUUUUAACUGCUGGGAGAGGAGUGAAAUCCCUGCAGAGUGGGAACAACUAAAACCCGCGUUUUGGAAUGUGUCAGAGUCUGAAAUGCUAAAAAUGAUGCUAAGAGCUAAAACGAAGACAAAAGAUGUCAUAAACUGGCUAAAGACAGACAGAUAGGAAACAAAAGUCAGAGGAAAAAAUGUGUGAAUCAAAGCAGGUUUGUUGCUUGUUUUUUUCCCUCUGUGUCCAACACAUAAUGAGAUUGUUGGUCCGCCUCUCCCUCCUCCUCCUCCAUGCGCUGAGGUCUCACAGAGGCAGGACUCGGCUGCCGGACCUCAAACUGCUUCCCACAGACCCAGCAGUGGGAGUUCAGGGAGGACUUGAGACGGCUGUUUUGGAUUCUUUCAGCUGAGAUAUGAGCCAGAAGAUGAGCUGCCGCUGAGACAACAGACAUGGACAAGCAGAAAGUUCUGGCCAAGCUGAUCUGGGACCUGCAGUCCUUCCUGACGGUUCUGGACUCGGAGAACCUGAGCUACAUCGCUCAGGCUCAGAAGAAAUCGAUCUCAGAACUACUUUCCAAACUGCAGACUCCAGACGCUCCAGUGGAAGAUGCAGAGUACAUGGUGAUGAGCUGUCCGGCGUCGUCUCCGAGCACCGAGAACGUCGACCCACCUGGACCAGAAGGAGUUUGGUUGUCUGAGCUGGUCUCAAAUCAGGACUCCUCUGCCUGGCUCAGGAACGGGAUGCAGGGCCCAGCCGUUCCUCCUCAUCCUCCAGGUGGGCUCGGGGGCGAUGAUGAUGAGGAGGAUACCUACGAGGAAGCAGCACCUUACGUGCCAGUGGCUGACGUCUCCAACACAGAGAGGGCGGAGUCAGAAAGCAGUCACUACGAGUCAUAUGGGGAGGAAGAUGAUGAUGAGGAGGAAGGAGAUGGCCUCGUGAAGGACAGAGCUCACUACAUCCAGUGGAGCACCUCACAGAUCUGUCUGCGGCCCACGCCAGAGUCCCGGCUCUGCGGCUACCUGUGGAGGAGGAGGUGGCUCGGACAGUGGAGCAAACAGCUCUUCAUCGUCAAGAAUGACAUGCUGCUGUGCUAUAAGUUUGCUCGGGACCUGCUGCCUCAGCUGGAGUUGAACCUUCACGGCUGUCAGUUGUUCUACAAGUCGAAGAGCCACGCUAAGAUCCAGCACCAGCUCAAACUGGUCCCGGUGGGCUCAGAGUCCCUGGUUCUGGGCUACAGCAGCUUCCAGCAGGCGGACGAGUGGAGGAGGGUGAUUGAAGAGGUGAGCGUUGGAGGUGAGGUUGAGACUCAGAGCUUUUCUUCUCUGAGUAAAUCGGAUCAGCGUCUGUCCUGCAGGUCCAGUACAGUCCAGACCGACUCUGAUGAGGAGAAGCCUUCAGCGUACUCCAGCCUCAACAGAGAAAAAGGGUUCCUGAACGUUCUCAUGAACUGUCAGUGGCAGAGUCUGCUGUGCCAGGUGGAGGACGGAGUCCUCAACAUGUACGGAGAGGAAGUCGAGAACGAGGAGGAGGAGGAGGUGAAGCGCUCGCCUCAGUACACGGUCCAGCUCAGAGGCUGUGAGGUCAGAGCUGGGGCAGACACAGACCACUCCUACAGAAUCACACUGAGCAUGCUCGGUGACCAGGUGGCCGUGCUGGAGGUGAGCUCGUUAGAGGAAAAACAAAAGUGGCUGAAGAUUCUGCAGGACGGAGCUGCCAGUCAUGGUUUUAAUGACAACAAGACACCGGAGCACACAGGUGGCGCCUUCAGUGGGCUGCAAACUCGCAGAUUUCCCACCUCCAACACCUACAUGGACGACCCCUUCUGUCUGAGCAGAACCACCAGAAACCAGCCCAUCUACUCCAACUCCUCCAUGAUGGACCCCAAGCUUCACAGCUCUCAGGAUUCAGUUCACCGUAACUCGUUGUUGUCCAGAGACUCGGUGACCUACAGCAACACGGUGCUGACCAGCACCGGCACCAGCGGCACCAGCGGCAACCGGACGGCGGUGCAGCGCGACGUUCAGAAGCUGAAGCUGGUCGAUACGCCGACCGUGCAGCUCAGAUCCGGGUCCGAAACCAACCUGGCAUCUGCUGUGAAGCGAAACAAGCGCACCUCCUUCAGGCAGUCUCUGGCCAUCUGCACUGAGCGCGCUCAGGUGGGGUUCCUGAAUCCUCUGCUGCGACGCACGGCUUCGGCUAAAAACUCGCUGAGACGAGCUCCUUCGGCGCUCUUCAUAGAACAUGGGAAGGUUUUCCAGAGGAAGAAGGAAUGGGAGACCAAAGCGGCUGCUUGAUGUUCUCCUCACCAGCGUCCUGCCAGGUCGCCGACUGUGGAACAUCUGCAGUCUAACAGGAGAACCAUCGUUUCUGCUCUGAUUGGUUGUUUGGACUCAAAUAGCAUAGGUCAUGCUGCAGGCACCAGGGUAUUUCUGAGGGUGACCAACCUAAACUAUUUGUUUUACUCCAGAUUAGUAUUAUUGUACAUGAUUAACUGUCCCUGAGUCCUGGUUUGCCUUUUUUGUAUCUGAGCUGCGGCUCCUGGAUUCAGUUUGCCCCUCAACACACCGUUUUGGCUCCUGUUCCUUUAAGGCUGCAGUCCCUUUGCUUCUGAUUGGCUGUUGGGGGUGGUAACGUAUGACCAUAUAAGGACAUGCAACAGUUGGAAAAACUGCCUGAUCAGCGAUGGAGGCCAGUUACAGAUUGGUCAAAAGCAAGAAGCUGCCCAGGGCCUCAUAAAAAAACAGGACUAAAGCUUCACUGGUGCCUCUGCACAUUUGGUACAUAACAUAGAAAUGUUGCUUUAAAUACUCUCCAAAGGACCUAAAACCCUACCGGUUAUCGUUAGUGAAGAAAGUCAACCUGCUGCUGUUGGUGAAAGGGGUAUGGCAACACAUUUAUCAUAUAAUAGUUAGAAAAGAUGAAUUAUUGCUGGAGAAGUAAAGAGGUUAGGAGCAAUGAUUGACCAAUUAUUUAAAAGCUGUUUUACUCACCAGUCAACUGGAAAUUAAUGGUGAAUAAAAAAAAAAAACUAAACUAAAACAAAGUUUUAGUUUGGGGGGG